AUGUUUGAUAACCCAAACAUCAGGGCGUUUCAUGUCCUUGCCCUCUACUUGUUUGGUAAGCUGGAUCAGCACCAUGCAGAAGAAGUUUUCAGAGACUGUUCCUCUCCAGUUAAAAAGCUCAUGUGUGCUGACUUUCGGAAGCAGUGCUUCGUAUGGCUGAAAGAUAUUGCAAAUGAAGAGCAAACCUAUCCUCCACAAAUUACACCUUUUCCUCUUAUUUCUCCUGGUGGUCCGAAGUUUAUUCGCAUAUUUUAUUGGUUUGCAAGACAUGUAGUGAUUGCGGACAUCAACUCCAUGGGCACUGAUAUACCUUUUGCUGAAGCUGUGAAACUGAGACCUAAGGAUAUGUACAUGGCAAAUGCAAGAUGUAGAGUCGCACGCAAUAAACUUCUGCAAAUUUUUCAAAAGGAAGAUUUUAUUAUGCAAGAAUAUAAGAAAAAAACACAACUUCUAAUUAAAGAUAUAAAAGAGAUAAAGUCUGAAUAUGCCGUCCUGCAGAUGCAGUCUUGCAAGAUGAAACAAGAUGACCAAAACAAAAAUGACAAAACUGUGAGAAUUCAAAAGGUCCGCAGUAUGUGGACACUUAUAGUGGAAAUACUUAGGUCUCUGAAAAAGGAAAAGGAAGUUGUGGAUUCUGAACUUGAUGUACUUGAAGGUUGUGUUGGUCAGUGCGUUUUAGAUGGAACUGAUGUUUUCAGUGUCCCACAGCUGUUGGCUCGCAGAGUUGAAAGUGACGUACACCAACUUUGUACAGGAAGUGUAUAUGAAGCUGAAAAACUGAAUUUCCUAACAGUCAUUGAGUUAUUAAAUGAAGCCCUGAGGGCACUGAGAGAUGAAUGUUGUCGUCAGUCUGAACUAAAAGAACAACUUCAGGUCAUUGAGAAUAGGAUUUCGUGCUCCAACAAAGUACUACAGGAUGUGGAAGCACGCAGGUAAUUGUCUGGAAAUUUUCACUGUGUGUCAAUCAGUGAGUCUAUUUCUAGGAAUCGGGAAGACUGGAAAGUGAAGUGGAAAAGCUUUCUUGGCCUGUGUCCUUUUAAUUUAAUAUUGGAUCAGAAUCCAGAACUUGCUUUAAGAGCUUUGCCACCCCAUUCUCAUAAUCUUGCAGAAGAGGAAGAUGAGGAUAGUGUCUUUUGUCAACAUCUAGCAUCACUUGCAGAUGUUUGUGACACUGUUCAUGAAGUAUGUUCUGAGAAGGAUGAUGAGGCAUUGGAAACUGUGAUGGAUAAGUCAACACCACCACCAAGAUGUGUCCUCCCCCCGUUCCCCCUGUCAUCCUCACCAAGGACCUCCUCAGUGCCUUUGGAGUUGUCAGAAGCAUCUGAAGAGAGAGAUGUGUUCAUUGAACAGAACUUGCUUACUGAAACUUGGAAGGGGAAAGAAAAUCCUGUGCCUCCAAAGACCUUAAAAAAUGAAGAGAAUGAGUCCACUGUUUCAGAAAUGGGGGAAAAUGCAGUUGAUCAUGUUAUCCAGACAGAGUCUCCUGUCAACAAAGAAGACCCUUUUAACAAAGACAGAGAUGACCUGGCAGAAGAGGUUGCAAAAGCAGUGAUGUCUGAGUCACCUCAGGAAGCAAAAGGAAUGGCAUUAGAAGAUCUCAUUAGCUCACUGGCUUUUAACACAUUUUUGACAAGGAAACAAAUUCCCCGAACUCCAGAAAAUCUGCUUACUGAAAUUAGAAGCUCAUGGAGAAAAGCUAUUCAGACUGAGGGCUCAUCAGACACAGAGCAAGCCCAAGCUGAAGUAAUGAGAGAAGAAGCUCCAAUCGAUGCUGGACCUAAAAUGCAGAAAGUGUCAGACUCUGGAUUUCUGUGCUCCUGUCUUGCAUCUCCUGUACCUGAUUUUGAUCCUCCCUUGUCAGAAAGGAAGUCCCAAUUAAGUUCUACAGAAUUUAGACCUCAAGAGCAGAUGAGGGUAAGUCAUAUCAUUGAAUCUCCAAUUUUGGAAACAUCUGGACUGCGAGAGAGUGAGACAACUGAAAAGCAGGAAUUAAAAUGUGUUGUUUUGAACAAAAGUUCUGUAGACGAUCCAGAAGAACAGACUCUUCAAUAUUUAGGGAGGAGCAUGAGUAUUCCAGAUAUUAGUUCAGAAAACAAUAGUAGAACAAAUGUUCAACCUUCACACUACUUCCAGGGUUCCUUAAUGGAUGGCAUGCAGCACUGGAGUCUAUCUUCAUUAAGUUCUAUCAGUUAUGAAGCUACCCACUUGGGGAUGUUGGAUGAGACACUUCCAGAAGAAUUUGGUAACAUGAAUCCCAACAAAUCUGCAAACUCAGAGUCUGAUUUUGAUGUAAUAGACAGUGAAUACAUAACAAGUAAUUCAAAAAAUAAAGAUAUUCAAAAAUCAAAGCUAGAUCUACAGCCCCUGUUGAACACAUAUAAAGCACUGAAAAAGGCUGCAUCUAGAAGUGAAGAGGAGCGGCAUCAAACACAUAAUGGAGGUGAAUCUGUAAGUUGUAGAUCAGACCUAAGUCUUGCACCAGAGAAAGAGAGAGAUGAAUUAUUUAAUUCUGUAGAGCUCUUCUCCUUGGAUGAAGAAUUUACCAAGACACCAUCACCAAUAUCUCUUAAUGAAAGAAAAUAUUCCCUGUCAUCUUUACUGGUAUCCUCUCAAUAUCUGGAGGAAAUUUCGUCAGUGAUACACGAGAUCCCGUUAGAUUUAAUCCAUAAAUUGAAGGGUAAAGAGCAGUUGAAUGAGAAGCUGGGCAUGAAGGAACCAUCGUCAGGAUGGAAUUUGUGA